ACAGCCAUCGGCGAGAACGGACCGAGUUCGAGCCCCGCCAGACUCGCGUGACGUUUUUUGUGUGUUGUGCUGCUUUUUUCGAAGAAUUUUACUGAAAAAAAUAAUAUACAUAAAAGAACGUAGUAGGCGAGAGUGAUUCACCGGAAUUUCUUCGCUGCUCAACUUGUUCACUCAGUGAGCGAUCUUAGUAGGCUGUUUUGUGUGCAAGUGUGCGUGCGUGUUUAUCUAUUGAUAAGCGCGACAAGUGUCAGUUCGGGAGCCCACGUGUGUGAAUCAUCACAGCCUGCUCAGCCUCAGAAGAGAGGCUCACGUGCCGAAUUAAGGUGAAGCUUGCACUUUGCGAGUUUAAGGUCACACAGGUGUGUGUGUUCGUGUGCGAAACAAACAAUUAAACGGAAUUUCUCGCCAUUGUUUUGGGUACACGCUCAAGUGAGAUUGCGGUGUUUGUGCUAGUGUGUGCGAUUUUUCCGUGUAACGAGAGAAGUCUAAACAAAUUCCGCGGCACAAAAACAGAGGAGAUAAGUGUUUUUGCGCGCGCGUCCGUUCUCAAUUCUACAGAAAUUAGCAAACAAACACGUGUCGGUGUGUGCGUUCGCAAAACCUUGCUGAAUCACUAUUUUAAACAGUUACACACUCGAAAACAAAAGAAACAACAAACUUCCGGAAAUUGCUGGAAAGUGCAGCCUUUUCUCUCACUCAAAAGUCAAUCAAACAGAUCCAUCAAAAGUGAUACUACUCUGUGUAUGGAUGUGUGUGUAUUUGCUGAAUAAACACUGAUAACAAAGGAGGCAGCGGCGGCGAUUUGAACAAAAAACAACAAAAAAAAUUGGGACGCCCCUCGUUGUGAGGGGAGCGAGCGUGCGGCAAACGAAAACAAACAAACGUCACUGGACGCUGAUAAGGAAGUGUGAGUGGCGACAACAACAACGCAGCAACCUGUUCGCAGACACUUUCGAUUCCCUUGAAAUUCGCUACCCGCUGACAAAGUAAAUACGCUGCGCAUGUGAUAAUUUGGUUCUCCCACUUUCAACCCGAGACACAAACCAUGCUCCCGCAGCAGUACUGCCUCCGGUGGAAGUACCACCACAGCAACCUGCAGACCAUGUUCUCACAGCUGCUCGACCGGGGCUGCUUCUGCGACGUGACGCUGGCCUGCGAGGGACAGACGAUCCGGGCGCACCGGGUGGUGCUGUGCGCGUGCAGCACCUACUUCGAUCAGCUGCUGACGAACUGCGGCGCCACCGAGAAGGAUCCGAUCAUCAUCAUGCGGGACGCCAAGUUCGAGGACAUCAAGUGCUUGAUCGAGUUCAUGUACAAGGGGGAGAUAAAUGUGGAACAUGGUUCUUUAGCUUCUUUGUUGAAGACGGCUGAGGAGUUGCGGAUUAAGGGGUUGGCGGAGGUUUCCUGGCGGGACGAUGAUAAUGGGAGUACGGCGGGCAGUGAUGCCAGCGGGAACAAUAACAACAACAACGGUAGUUUGUUGGUGAAGAACCCUGCCAGUGCUAACAAUAACAACAACAACAGUAUUAAGAUCGUUGAGACGAAGAAGUUGAUGGCUCCGCAUCACGCGUCUUCGCUGGCUGCCAGGUCGUCCUCGUUGACGCCGCUGACGGUGAGCAGUUUGGAGAAUCGGAUCUCCGACUCGCCGAACUUGCCCCUGUUGACGCCGUUGACGGCCGGCUCGCCCAGGAAUCCCGCCAACUGUGCCUCCCCGAUGAACUACUUUGGUAGCAGCAACAAGAAGAAACGUGGUCGACCUCCGCUGGACGAAGAGUACGACACGUUCCAGCAGCUGCCCAAGAUCUCGCACGUGGAGGGAGGUGCCGGAAGUUCGACGCCGUUCACGUCCAGCUCGCAGCUGGUGGCGGUCAUGAUGGACGACAGCUCGAACGAUCAGGUGCGGGAAGAUCAGCAGCAGCAGGCCUCUUCGCAGCUCCAUCACCAUCCCCUGCAUCCGCUGAGCGCAGCCACGGCUUCGUACUUGGAACAGCAGAGCCGGACGGUGCCACCGGAAGCGAUGCACGAGAUGGAGUUUGACGAAGACACGCACAUCCCUCGGAAGAUGAUUCCCAAGAUGGAGCGACCCGACACCCCGCAAGACUACCUGUCCGCGGUCGGUGUCGGUUCCGGUCCCAAGUUCGAGUACGACGACCAGUCCCCGCCCAGCCCCAAUGACCACAACAACUCCGUGUUCCUGACGCCCCAGGAGCAGGAAGAGUGGAAGGACGUGAUCAAGAUGAACGACUACCUGACCAAGGGCCGCCGGCCCCAGUUCUGGGAGGAACCCUUCACCAAGCGGGUCAUGGACGGCAUCAAGAACAAAACCCUCGAGAUGAAGAAGGCCGCCAAGCUGCUCGGAGUGUCGUACGGAACCCUGUACGGACGGUACCGCGAAACGUACGGCUGCCUGAAGCACCCCUACCGAGGCCCCUUCAUGGCCGCGUCCCGGAUGAACAACAUGUGGCCGGCGUCGGCGAGCGCCGCCGCCUCCGCAAACGAUCCCGGCGUCGCCACCACCACCGACAUCCUCGGAAUGCUUCAGCGCGGCAUCAUCAGCUUGCCGCGGGCGGCCGAACUCAUGCACACGACCCCGUCCACCAUCAGCAGCUACCUGGAGCAACUGCAGGAAGCGGCCGCAGCCCAACCCGACCACGAACAUCUGGCGGCGCUUUCGGCGGUAGCGAGCAUGGCCGCGGAAGACGAACGUCAGCACCAGCAACAAUCGCAAAUGCCACCCCAGAUGUCGGCCCAGCUCGAGCAGCAGCUCCGGAUCAAGCCGGAAAUCAGCAUAUCGGCGCUGAAGAAGAGUUCGCCGCCCUCGAGCUCGGCUGCGUACUCGUCGGCUGCGCCGACCAGCAGCAGUACCAGCCUGAGUAACGCGCUGAGCGCCAUUGCGUCCACGUCGGCUGCGGCGCAGCCGCAGCAGCUUUCGACGAAUACUUAAGCCCGCUACUCGCCGCCAGGUGGAAGCACUUGCGUUUGCUACGGAGGAAACGCCUUUUUAAAAGUAACGGCCAUAACGCUUUCGCUCUGUUUUUUUCGUGUAGCAAACGGAACCGCAAACUCAAUGUGAUUUUUGUGCAUAUUUUUUGCUCUAGCUUAAUUGGUUCUACCUUUUUGUUGCGAUUUUUUUGGAUAAAAUGCAAAUUGGAGAACGGAAAUUCGUGUUUCAUUCAAAAUGAAACGAUGGCGCAACGCUCCCAACGAUGGUUUAUUUUUUUUAUUUUAGGAGUAGCGAAAAUUUUUAACUUUAAGUUUCUCACGAAAACAUUUUUUAAAGAUUGCUUGACAAAUGUCAGAAUUUCAUUUUUCAGAAAAUUUGUAAUUUUUUAACUUUUUUCAGAUUCAUUUUAUAAUUCGAGCAGUUUUGACAGUGAAGCCCCUCCAUUCAAGCAGUAAUUUCUUCUACUCGAAUCCGCAACUCAUUUGUCAAAACUACUCGAUUUUUUGAAAAUUUGUAAAAUUUGAUUGAUUUUAUCAGCGAUGACAUAUUUUAGAUUACGAACAUAUACUUUUUAAUUUUCUUUUGUUUUUUUAAUUCGAGCAGUUUUGACAGUGGACCACUUCGAUUCGAGUAGUUUCAGCUUUUUUCUGUUUUAAAUAUUUUUAUGGGAGAACUGUAAUUUCUACCACCUGAAUCGGACACUCCUUUCUUUUAUUUUUGACUCAGUUGUUGAAGGUUGAUUUCCUUUUGUUAUUUUGAAUUUGGUUGUUUUUUUUUUAAUUUAGGAAAAUUUUGUUUGCUGAAGUAUUCAGUUACUGAAGGCAAAAAUUUACAUAGAAAAUAUUUUUGCAUUUGUGUUUUUAAACUUUUAUUUUAAAUUUCGAGCAGUCAGGAUAACUUUGAGUUUUUAGUUAGUUUAAGUUUUUAGUCGAUUUCUCUAUGAUGAACAUUCAUUGUAGUCUAUUUAAACGUUCUCAAAGAUUUUUUUUUUAAUUUUUUUAAGUUUUCGCAAGUUUUGAAUCAUUUUUGUUGGUUUUACUACUGUGGAUUGAAAUGUCUGCUUAGCAGGUAUAAGACUACGACAAACAAACAAACUCGCAUUUUUUACAGUUUGACAGUUGGCCUGCAUUCGCAAACUGUCAAACACGAAAAAGUGCGAGUUUGUUUGUUUGGCAUAGUCUAAUACCUCCUUUAAAAUUAGUUUUCCAAGUCUACAUUGCGGAAAUCCUUAUUUUCAAACUCAGGGCUUGGCAAAAUACAAUUUUGGCAGCCUCGAUUUUCAUUUUUUUGGAAAAUAAACGAAUCAUUAUUUGAUAUUAUCAACUGUCAAAACUACUCGAUUCUUUUGAAAAUAUUUAAAAUUUUAUUAAUUUCUCUUAAGAUGAAAUGUUUUAAAUUACGAACGAAAUUUAAAAAAAAAUAAUCAAUUUCGCAACAAAUUUUCAAUUUAGAACAGUUUUGACAGUUCUUUUACACUAAAGUAAGUAUUCAAAAAGUCAUCUGUGUCAUCAUCAUCAUCUGUCUUGUGGAACUUUCAAGCUUAGUUUGACUUUGUUAAUUCCGAAUUAGUUGAAGAAUAUUAAAAAAAAAGUUAAAUGUAAGCCUCGCUUAAAAAAAAAAUUAAUAUUUUUUUCCAAAAUACUUUGAUAACUGCUCGAAAUUAUUAACUAUCAAAACUACUCGAAUCUUUAAAAAAAAUGUAAUUUUUAUUGAUUUCAUGUUUUAAUUUACCAAUUUUAUUUAUUAUUUUUCAACAAUUUCGCAAUAAAUUUUCCAUUUUGAGCAGUUGAUUUGUGAAACGUUCAAGCUUAGUUUGACUUUGUAAAUUCCAAAUUAGGUGAAAGAUAUUUAAAAGUUAUUAUUAAAUUUCGAAAAAAAUAUUAAAAAAAAAAUAAAACUUGUCAGUUUUUUUGUUUUUACAGAAAAUCAUUAAAUGGAUUUUUCAAAUUUUUAAAAACUUUUGUUUAAAUGCCUUGUUUUUGGCAAGCCUCGCUUCAACAAAAUUUUGAUAUUUUUUUUCCAAAAUACAAUGAUAACUGCUCGAAAUUAUUAACUGUCAAAACUACUCGAAUUUUUAAAAAAAUAUGUAAAAUUUUAUUGAGUUCAUGUUUUAAUUUACAAACGUAAUUUUUUAUUAAAUUUUCAACAAUUUUGUAACAAAUUUUCAACUUUGAGCAGUUGGUUUGUGGAAGUUUCAAGCUAAAUUUGACUUUGUUAAUUUCGAAUUAGGCCGAUGCAAAUCUUUAAAAAAGUUUUUGUCCCUCGGCCCUGGCCGAAGUCAAGGGGGGAGCAAAAAAAUAAAAAAAUAUAAAAAUUUAAAUAACAAGCCAUAGUCUUCACAUUUAAAUGAAAAAAGUGUUUUAAAAUGCAUUUUACACUAGUUCAGUUGUUUUGCAAUCAUUAGUUUUCAAAAAAAUCUAAGAACUGACAAAAACAAAAAUUGUAUCGAAAAAAAAGAUUCUGCAUCGAAAAUUUUCAAAAAUCUUAAGAUUUUUUAAUAAACCCAAACAUGCUAAAAAUGAUUUUAAACGCAGAAGAAUGUAUUUUAAUUUGAUUUCAGCUGGUUGCACUUGAAUUUUCAUUGAAAUUUUGAAGUUUAUUGUAAAAAUAUUUUUUUUGCCCCCUGAUUUUUCGGGCCAAUUUUGAAGGGGGGGGGGGGUGACAAAAACUUUUAAAAAUAUUUGUACCAGCCUUAGAUGAAAAAUAUUUAAAAGUUAUUAUUAAAUUUCGUUUAAAAAUAUUGAAAAAAAAAGUUAAAACUUUUCAGUUUUUUUUCUUUACAAAAAUUAUAAAAUAACUGCUUAAUUUUUUGUAUUGUUUUUUUUUUUAAAUAAAUACAUUUUUUUGUAAGCCUCGCUUCAACAAAUUUUUGAUAUUUUUUUCCAAAAUUCUUUGAUAACUGCUCGAAUUUACUAACUGUCAAAACUACUCGAAUCUAAGAAACAAAAGUUGUUUUUGUUUAAACAAAUUGGUUUUUGAACUUUAACAUGUUUUUUUUAAGCCAAUUCCAACCAAAUUUCUUUCAAAACAUAAAAUUUUCUGUAAAAUGUAAUUCUGAAAACAUCAAAUUUGUCCCGCAAUCGCCCUGUAAAACUACACAAUUACGCCGCCUAGGUUACAAGUUCCACUUAACUGUUUAAGGUCAUUUCGCACUAGUUCGUACUCCAGCCAGGAAAAAAAGAAGGGGAAAAAGGUGCUUAUUUUUACACACACACAAACUUAUCGUAUAAUUUCCACUAUUAUUUCUGUAAGGACCCGGCCAUCUCGUGGAUUUAGCGACCAAGUCUUGCAAAUCUGCCAUGAAUUUGGGACAAACUAAGUAGAAGCUUCUUGAUUAGCCAAAUUAGACGUAUUUGCAAUUUUUUUUUUUGUUAAAUUAUUUUAUAAAACUUUUUGUUAGCAUUUGGAUUUCAUCAGUUCAGAAAAAAAAACUUGACUGAUUUCUCAAACUCAUUGUACAUUCCAACCAUUUUCGCGCCAACUUUGUAAAUAGUUCCGAAAAAAAAAACAUAAUUUUAAGUAUCAAAUUUCACACUAAAUCAAUCAAGCAUUCCGGACAGUAUUCCAAACUUUGGUGUAUCUACAAGAAGAAAAAAAAACAAUUUGCGAACAAAUUCAU